CAGGGAGCUGGACUCGAGCCGCCCGAGCAGCCUCAUUUAUCCUCCCAUCCCCCCGCCGAAACCUGCCGGCGCUCCGCCCCCCACCCUCACUCGGGCGACACCCGGCCCUCCGCCCGCCUCCGCCCCCUCCCCGGUGCCACCGGGCGCCGCUCCCCGGCCCCCUCCGCGUGCGCCCUGCGCCGCGCUCGGUCUGCAGCGGGAGCCGCCGCCGCGGCUGCCUCGCCAGCUGGCUGGGGACCAGGCGGGAGGUGGCGCACCCAGGAGGCUGCGGGAGGGGGAAAGGAGGGAGGGAGGCCGGGCCUCAGCGUAGCCCGGCCCCCGCCCCCCGUGGCCCUCCCGCCGGAGCCUGGCUGCCACGCGCGCGCGCGCGCACACACACACACAUACACACACACGCGCGCCCGCGCGCGCAUACACACACUCACUCACACGGGCACACAUACGCACAGACACACGCACACACACUCGGGCUCCCUCCGGCGCGCACGCACGCAGCGCUCCAGGCAGACCAGCGCUGCGGCAGCCUCCCCGGACGCCCGGACGCCGGAGGGCCCCGACCCCGGCGCGGCUCAUGCGCCCGCGCCCACCCCGCAUCUCCGCGAGGCCCGCGGGACCCCUCCCGCCGCCGCCGCCGCCGCGCCCGCCGCCCCCGGAGGAGCGGACUGGCCGACCGCCGCCGCGCCGUCCCCCAGCAGCCCCCGAGGCCGCUCCGCCGCGGGCCCUGCCGCCCAGGGGCCGCGCCCCGCUCCCGCGCCUCGGGGGCUGAGCCCAGCAAACUUCGCGGAGCGGCCGACGCCUGGCGGGGACCCCGCCGCGUCCCAGCGCGCUCGGGUGGACGCAGGGCGCUCGGACCUCCGGGCAGCCGGCCGCCCCGCCCGCUGCACCUGCUCGGCCCCUUCCCCGCUCGCUGGGGACUCCGGAGACGCCGCCACUUCGCAAACUUUUUCACCCCCCUUCGAAGGGGGGCGCGGAGGGCUAAAGGGGGAAGGAGGUCCCGCGGGGCGCGCGCAAACCUGCGGGCUCCUAGGUGGGCGCCGCCUCCCCGGAGCCGGACCCGGAGGGGCGCGGGCCCCGGCGGCCGCGCUCCGGCUCCCGCUCCCGCCCCUGCUUUUCCGGCGGGAGCGGGGGGCGGGGUGCGGAGGGCAGCGAGGCCCUCGCGGUGCCCGGCGGGGCCGCCGUGCAUGGCCCUGCGCAGUGGGGCGGGCUGUUUUGGCCGGGUCUGGCGCAGGGUGUCGGGGCUCCCGGACUCCUGGCCCCGGCGCUCCAGCAGCCUCCUGUGCCUGUCCGCCUUCUCGCCGGAGCCCGGGCCCGCGCCGCCCCUGCCCCGCCAGCCGCCUCGCGGUGGCAGCGGCUGUGGCGGCCCCGGCGGAGGGGGGCCCCCCCAGCCUCCCCGCCCCCCGCCUCCCCGCUGCUGCUGCUGCUGCUGCUGCUGCUGCCGCCGCCGCUUACAACUUGGAGGCGGCGGCGGCGGCGGCGGAGGAGGCGGCGGCGGCCGCCGGGCGCUGCAGUGGGACGCGCGCGGCUGCGAGCCUGCGGGACAUGCCCCCCGCGCCGGCUCCUUGCUGGCGGCCAUGAAGAGGCAGAACGUGCGGACUCUGUCCCUCAUCGUCUGCACCUUCACCUACCUGCUGGUGGGCGCCGCCGUCUUCGACGCCCUCGAGUCGGACCACGAGAUGCGCGAGGAGGAGAAACUCAAAGCCGAGGAGAUCCGGAUCAAGGGCAAGUACAACAUCAGCAGCGAGGACUACCGGCAGCUGGAGCUGGUGAUCCUGCAGUCGGAGCCACACCGCGCCGGUGUCCAGUGGAAAUUCGCCGGCUCCUUCUACUUUGCCAUCACGGUCAUCACCACCAUAGGUUACGGGCAUGCUGCUCCCGGCACGGACGCGGGCAAGGCCUUCUGCAUGUUCUACGCGGUGCUGGGCAUCCCGCUGACGCUGGUCAUGUUCCAGAGCCUGGGCGAGCGGAUGAACACGUUUGUGCGCUACCUGCUGAAGCGCAUCAAGAGGUGCUGCGGCCUGCGCAACACGGAGGUGUCCAUGGAGAACAUGGUGACCGUGGGCUUCUUUUCCUGCAUGGGGACGCUGUGCAUCGGCGCGGCCGCCUUCUCCCAGUGCGAGGAGUGGAGCUUCUUCCACGCCUACUACUACUGCUUCAUCACGUUGACUACCAUUGGGUUCGGGGACUACGUGGCCCUGCAGACCAAGGGUGCCCUGCAAAAGAAGCCGCUCUACGUGGCCUUUAGCUUUAUGUAUAUCCUGGUGGGGCUGACAGUCAUCGGGGCCUUCCUCAACCUGGUGGUCCUCAGGUUCCUGACCAUGAACAGCGAGGACGAGCGGCGGGACGCCGAGGAGCGGGCGUCCCUGGCCGGCAACCGCAGCAGCAUGGUCAUCCACAUCCCCGAGGAGGCGCGGCAGGGCCGGCCCCGGUACAAGGCAGACGUGGCGGACCUGCAGUCCGUAUGCUCCUGCACCUGCUACCGCCCGCGGGAGUACGGUGGCCGCUCGGCGGCACAUCAGAACUCCUUCAGCGCCAAGCUCGCCCCCCAGUACUUCCACUCCAUCUCUUACAAGAUCGAGGAGAUCUCGCCAAGCACAUUAAAAAACAGCCUCUUUCCGUCCCCUAUCAGCUCCAUCUCCCCCGGGUUACACAGCUUUACCGACAACCACAGGCUAAUGAGACGACGGAAGUCCAUCUAGGUCUGGGGCGGGAAAUACAAGCCCGAGUCUUGUGUCCUCUUUGACGUUCAGUCUCAUGGGCCCAACUUGUCUUAUUUAUUAUGAUUAUCCUUUAUGAUUAUGAUUAUCGUCAUCAUUUUUUUUUUCCUUUCUCUCCUUCCUUCCUUUCUUGGUUUCAUUUCUUCCCCACCUUUCCAGCGAGACAGAGCAGGCCAAAGGGAAAAGAAAGCCCGUCUUCCUCUGAAACUCGCAUCUGAGCAUGAAGCAUGGAUUUUGUCCUUCUUCCCAGCAAAGUAUGCCUUACAUUUCUCCCCAGCCUGCCCCAUAUCUCGGGGUGGGGAGGGGUGGCUUUCCCAGGACAGGUGUGAGACCCAGACAAGGAGACAGCCCAGAGGAUACCGACCCAAAGUUGCACACCCCGCUGAGUGCCCACCCACAGUGGCACCUCUGACCCAACUCCUUUCUCCUCCUCCCAAGCAGCGGGUGGCCGUACGUGUGUGGUCUGAGUGUGUGCGAGUGAGGGCACACCCCAGUGUGCAUCUGUGUGUGUAUGUGUGACGAGAUGGAAAGUGCCAGGUGUUCAUCUUUCUUUUCCAUCACACAGUUCUGUUAAUAGCCCGCUUUUGGCUGCUUCCAAACAAAAAGGGGAAAACAAAACCCAGGAGGUUCUUGAUUUAUCAUCUUGCCGAAUCAAGCAUGUUCCAUAAGCAGCCUUUAUCCCAGGCGUGUCAUGAUCACAUUUUUUAACUGCUAGGUUCUAAAUUCUAUUAACUUCUUUUUAGGGGGUGGGUGGGCAAGCCGUCAUGGAUCAUUGUAGCUUGCCAGUUCAAAAAUUUUUUAAACAAGCAUGCACUUUGUUAAACUGGUAUGCGUUAACAACACAAGAAAACAAAAAACUAGCAAUGGAAUAAUCAAAAGCCAAUAAUAUUAAUUUAUUAGAGACAUUUUUAAUUUUGCCAUCUCUAGUUCCAACAAUUUUCCAUGUAACUGGAAGCGUCAGGGGAAGCUGGAAAAUUGUUGCAACCGCAGAGUAUCUAUUUUAUUAUUUCUCUCUUAUUUAUGUGACAAUGUGGAUGAUGUGUGCAGCGUCUACCUACAUGAGUGAGAAUUAUAGUCUGGGAUGCUUCGAUGAGAAUGGGUGUUAGUAAGUGGUUGUGGUUUCUUUUCCUAAUGAACAAUGACAGGGCAUUCCUCGUUUUAAAGAAUAUAUAUAAUGUAUUUUAAAGUGUGUCUCCAACCACAUUUGAUUUGUAAACAAGGGAAUGUUGAUGUUGGUCUCAGGAAGAGUUUGGAGACAAGGAGCUGCGUCUUGGCCUGCUGGGAACUUGUCAAUCUCAGGGGAUGACUUUUUCUGAGUAAUGGAGAAAUUCCUCCCCACUCUCAAUAGGGGAUGACCCCCAAAGUGAAGGCCUCCUUAUCUCCUGGGGGCCAGUUGGGCUGUAGAAUGUGGCAUCUUGAAGGCCCUUCCCACGCAGGAAUAAAGGAAAGUCUGACCUCCAGAUUCAUGGAGAGGACCUUCGUUCCCUCGUCACUGUCUCUGCCAUCUCUAAAAAAUCAGCCAUCCUCAUUCCCCUUUUUCAAAAACUGGAAGUUCACAGCUCUGGGAUGGAAAUGGGCUUUGGCUGGGCCCCUCAGGAGGGGAAGUGGGAGCCCCAGUGUGAUCUCCCAGAAUGGAGGGUCUGCUGCCUAGGAAGAGCAGACCUCCAAGGUUUCCCGAGAGAUGGCCCCAGUGCGCCCACCCCAAGUGUUUGGGCCAUUGGACUGAACACAGCCCUCGAGAUUUCCCUGAAAAGGCAAGCACUUUAAUCCCUUUGUCUGGGACAUGGGGUCUGCGGAAGGAGUCUGGGAACCUGAUUCUCUAGACUAAAAUGCACAGUUACCAACCUUCAAGGCUGUAUCGAUUAACUCAUUUUUAAGAUUAAAAGAAAAAAUUGAGAUCUCUAAAAUCUGUCUAGAGAAUAGAAGCUGUUGCUCUUUAAAUUUUUUCUCUCUUGAAAGAGCUCGUUGGCUCUAGGGCGUCACAGGAGCAAGAGUAUCUGUGCGUAUUUGCAGAUUGUUUCAUGCUUUGGAGGAAGGUGCUUGGAGUAAGUGUGGGUUUCUCAUGAAAACCUUUGUAAGACUUGCCCUCGAAUGGGUGUGUGAUAAUCUUUAUCUGUAAAGCAACAGAGGCACUGAGAAGGUAAGUGAUUUGCUCAAUGUCAGAAAACUAGCCUUGACUAGAAUGAGACUUUAGUUUCCGUCUGGACCCCCAAGAGGGUCCAAGAAACUGACUCCGCCAUACCAUGACACCCUCAUUCAGCCCUCGGAUGAGGGAACCUACUUCUCUUUCUCCGCACGUAAAUACACCAGGUUCUUAAAAGUCAGAGGAACAUGGGCUCAACCCUUCAUUCAGGACUAUUGCCCCCACCAGGGUACAGCGGUCAUAAAGGGACCUGCUUCUGCUUGAAUGCUUCCAAAUGAUAGGGAGUUCCUCCCUUUGCAAGAAAGUUUAGAAAACAUCCCAUAAUCUCUGUUUCCAUAGAACUGACUCUUCUUUGUAGGAUUAAGGAUGGUAGGGUGAAGUCUUUUAUGUUGGAUGACCACCAACUUAACUGUCUGAACCAACCUGAAAUCUCUCUUAGUUCUGUAUCCCUUCCCCUGCCCCCCACCCUUUGCUACCUGCGUGGCCCUCUGAAGGACACUUACCGAGCCUUCGCCUCUGAAGUCAGACAUCCUUGCUUAUACUCAGAGCGUUCAGGGGUGGAGGUGAGCCUUGGUUGGCUUCCCUUGUGAUGUCCGUCUUUUUCUCAGAUGGUCCAGCUCUUCCCUGCCAUGCUCUCUGGCCAAGGAGUCCUCCAGAUGCAUACAAUGAGGUGUUCUGAUGGGGAUGCUGAGUCAGGGGUUCUCCAGGGUUCUCUUCUUGAUAAACCUGGCCCGGGGCCUCUCCACCCAGAGCGUGGCCCUCCUGAUCAGCGCUGGAGUCCUCAAAAGCCAGAGGGACGCUUCAUCUGAGUCAUAUCACUGAGGUCCGGAAAGUCUCUGGGCACAAAUCUGAGGUCCCACAGCCAGAACCCGGGUCUUCCCACUCGUUUCUCCUCCUGCUGCUUUCCGGGCUGCUUUGUUAAGGCUGUCACUCACACCCUCCCAACAGUCCCUGUUGCUGGGCUUCUUAGCAUCUCAGACCCAAGUCUUUCCACCUCUCAUACCUGGUGACUUCCUUCUUUCAGCCCAGGUUUCCCACACUCUUCUUCCGGUUGACCACGCCCACUCAGGGAGCGGGAAGAAGUCUCAACAGGUUGUUUGGAUUCGGGCUUCAACUUGUGUUAAAGCGAGCUGGGGAAGAGCCACAUUUUACCAGAAUCACAGGAAACAGGCCUGCCACCCAGUCCCUGAUGGGGUCUAGAGAUCAACACACCACGUAGAUACUUAGAUGUUUUGGAUUCUUGCUUGAAUGCUUUCCCACUAGGAGAUCUCAAUCCAUCCCCUCCGUCAAAGACCAAAGGAAGCUAGGCAAUGGUAUUGAUUAUCCCAGCAGCUCUGGGCACCAUGCUUUCUAGAGACCAUUCCAUUUUAAUCUUUAUGACAUCCAUCCUGGGUGGAUGGUGCUGUCACACUGCCCUGCUAGACUCUUUACAUAGGAGUGAACCAAUCUGUUUGGGUUUUGAGGUACCUAGUCAGCACCAGGGCUGAGAUCAGAGUUCUUUCCUUCCACACUCCAUCCUGAAACUCAGGCAGCAGCCUGGUAAAUACACUCUAAAUUAAAACACGCUCUCUGAAGCAUCUGUUGUAUUACUCUUGUGCAUCGCCCAUUGGGGAGGAGGGUACCAGCACUUUGGAAUGAUCACAGCAGAUCACUUGCAGCCCGGGAAUCCCCCCUGGGUCCCUAAUCCUUGCAGGAAAGGAAGCAGAUGGAUGUAGACUGCUGCCCAGGAUGCCUGCCUUUGCAGGUGCUCACUAAAACCCAUCCAUAUAAAAGGGCGAGUUGACUGCUUAAUCUUGGCUUACCGCUGGGUCUCUGCACAUGGGGCCUCAAUUGGGAGACUGGAUGAUGACUUGGAAACCCACAGAUAAGCCUAGGCAGGUCAUUCUUCUCUGCCUCCAAAUCCAAAAGCCUUGUGGGUCCUGAUUCCUGAUCACUAGCAGCUCAAAGUUAGAGGGAAGAAUGGUUUAAAGGCAUUCAUUGUACACAUUAUGUGAGAGAGAGAGAAAAAAAGGUGAAAAUGAUUAUAGGAGGAAAACCAUCUAUCACUGAGGUUUCUGGUCCUAUGUCUUUAGGUGAUCUUUUUCUUUUUUUCAUAGAAUAGGUCCUAAUUAGGGUACCCUAAUUAAGGACAUCUAUGGAGGUGUGGGUUUGAGGCUGGUGCCAGACCAUGUCCCUCCUUCUUGAUGGGAUGGACCACAUCAUCUGUCAAAAACGGCAGGGAAUCGUGUCUGUGCUCUGAAGGGUGGGACUUGGGGCCUGCUGCCUGGGGAUGCUAAAGACUGAUUCUUACAGAGCCACAGUGUGUAGGAACCGGGAGCAUCCCAAGCAGGAAAAGGUUGGGAGGACAGCCUGGCUCUCACCUGUGUGUCUCUGGGCUCCUGGAAGUCCUGUCCCCUCCCUGGGCCUUGGUGGUGUCCCAUCCACACAGUGGGCCAGCUUGGGUGGAAUUCGUGGGCCUUUAGUGCAGAAUCAGUUUGACUGAGGAGAGACAUUGGCCUGAUGUUCUGGUCACUGGGCACAUUUGAGCCACAAAAAUGAAAAUCCCAAAUCAUUUGUUUGGCAGCAUCCUAGGAGCUGGGAAGAUGGGGAAGGAAUAGGCAGAGCCAUUGAGAAGAGUGGACACCAAGAACCUGGGUGGGCUGGGUUCCUCCACACCCUGGGCGUACAUCCAUUCUAUGUGGUUGUUAUGUGAGCACACCUUCAUAGAGGUUGCUGUUUCAGAGGGGGGGGAACAUCUAUUACCAUGAUAUUCCUCCCCGCCCCCCCGCAUCCAACUUUCGGUUAUGAAAAGCCAGAUUCACAGAAAAACUGGAAGACCAGAAAGAUGAAAUUCCGUACCCCUUUCACACAGACUCACCAGCCUUCACUACUUUGCCAUAUUUGCUUAAUCCCCUCCCAACCUCCACAUCACCCCCUUCAUACCCAGAGAUACUGGGAGGAGGAAGUGGCCUCUCUAACUUCUAGGUGGUUGGACCAUAGGAAAAACUGUUUCUCUUGCAGGAACAAGAGCGUUCUCUUUGGUAACUGCUGUAAUCACCGCUAAGAAGUUUAGCGUUUGUACAAUAAAAUUAUCUAAGAGGCAACCCAUAUUCACAUUUCCUACUUUGUCCCAAAAUUGUCCUCCAGGGCUUUUUAUGUGAAUCUGACAAUCCAAGGUUGCAUCUCACAUUGCUUGUCUGCUUGCGCCAGACCCCUCCAAAUCUAGGACAUUUUUCUUCUGUUUUUGUUUGUCAUGAUGUUGCUGGUUUGGAGUCUGGGCCAGUUGUGCUGUGGGCUGGCCCACAACCUGCCUCUGUUUCCUUAGGGUAAAGAAUUUUAGGCAAGAGAACCACAUAAUUGAUGUUGUAAUGAUGAAUGCAAUGGAGAAGUCUGGCUCCCUGGAGACCUGUGGUUACCUCUCGCGUUGUAGAUAAACAAGGCAUGUUAAAUGCCGUUCUCCUCUCUGGGAGACACUAACUGAAGCUGCAGGCGAGGUGUCCAGGAGCCCCUGGAUGCUGGGUCUUGGCACCAAAGCCAAGUCAGGCUCUGCUAUUUCUAACUUCUCACAUAGAUCUCUUCUGCACUGAGAGUCAGCAAUCAUUCUUCUAAAAACCUGUGGGGAUGGUCCAGCUAUAAACAGACGAAGCACAGAGACAUCCUUUCACCCAUUAUAAAGGGCUGGCAGGUAGCGCCCCGUAGGUGGCUGGAAGGAUACCUGUGAGCCAGUGGGGUACUUGGCACCCAGGUGCUUUUCAAUGAGUGGUGGUGAGCGCCUUUUCAAUCAAUACUCAAAAAUGUAAUUUGUUGGCAUGGCACUCUUCCUGGCCAUUAAGUGCUAAGACUGGUGACCUCUGUUUGAGACGUUUGUUUGCACUGGCGAGUUCCAUAGCAUGGUCUUCUCAGUUCCAGUAGCACACAGCAACCCGCCUGCUGUGGCUCAGUCCCUUUUAUUUUGAUCAAGAAAAUACAUCCACGUGGUUCCUGCCUCUGAGCCUCCGCCCAUGCUGUUCCCACUCUCCAGUGUGGACGUGGAGAUGGGAGCAUCUCAUGAAUCCCUUCACAGCUUCUCCCAACAAUUUGCUUCAUGGACUCAGUGAUGCCCUCCUUUGGGGUCCUUGGUCCUUCUUUCUAUAAUGGAUGAAUAUUCUGGGAAUAUGUUGGGAAUGACUCUGAUGCUGGGAAAGAUUGAAGGCUGGAGGAGAAGGGAUGAGAUGGUUGGAUGGCAUCACUGACUCAGUGCACAUGAGUCUGAGCAAACUCUGGGAGAUGGUGAAGGAUGGGGAGCCUGGUGUGCUGCAAUCCGUGGGGUUGCAAAGAGUCGGACAGGACUUAGUGACUAAACAGCAACUUAGUGACUAAACAACAACAUUAACAAUACCAGGAUAAGAAGUAGACCGCCAAUGGUCCUGACUGUUAAGUGCUGGGCAGGGCCCACAGCAGGGGAUAAAUACAAUUAGAUUUCCAGCAUCUUGCCUAAAUGGCCAUCUGUGGCUGUCAUCGAGGCAUGUCUUAACUUCAAUUCAGACCUUUGUUCCGUCCUUGGAAACCAACACACAUCCUCUGUGUUAAAAAAACACAAAACCUCAGCAUUGCCCCUUUGCAAACCAUCACCCUACCAUUGGCAACUCAGUGGUAUUUGCCCGGUAGUGUUGGGCAGGCCACACAAGAUAGGGCCAUGAGCAGUCCACAGCUGGGCAUGUCCCAUAAAACAUGAUCGGUAGGUCCUCAGGGGCUUCCCUGGUAGCUCAGACGGUAAAGAGUCUGCCUACAACUCAGGAGACUCAGGUUCGAUCAAACGGCAGCCUCGUACUUGUGACAUUUCAUGGGGCAGCGAGUGAGCCCCGAGAUGUGAAUGUCUCCUGGAGGCAGACUUCUCACUGCGGUACUUCUAACAGAUGCUGAGCGAGUGUGUGACACACGCAGUGACGGGACCCCCGGCCUCCACUCUGCACCUGCCCAGCACACAAUCUGGGCCCCCGAGACAGGCCGGGGCAGGCUCCUUUUCCUCACAGGGCAGCAGGGGAGUAAAGCUACACGUGUACCAGGGGCCAGCUUCUGCUUCUCACAGGCAGGUGGUGGUUUGGCCUCUCUGAGGCUCAGUGUUCCCGUCUUUAAGUUGGAGAUUCCAGAAGCAGCCACUGUGUGCAGCAGGGUUCAAGGACAACAUGUGAUGGCGUUCAUGGGCCCCUGCUCUGAGCCGAGUGCCAAGCCAGACUUCUGAUGCCAUUUGUGUUUCUCGUAAUGGCCAGUCCGAGUCUCCUGCAAGGUUACUCCUGAGCUUGGACUUGCCAGUCCAGCUGUGAACGGAGGUGGAUUGGUCUGGUGGGGGAACUCAGGCAGGGCUUCAUGGAGGAGGAGGAAUCCUUGGGGAAUCUCUGAGGGGAGCCUUGAAGGAGCAAGUGGGCGCUGUUUUAGGCAAAGGCACAGGUGUGUGAAAGUGGGCGGAGCAGAGGUCUUAUCCAGUAGUCAGAAUAUUCUGCCACAGUCACAUCUGACAGACAAGCCAGCAAACUGUCCAGGCUCUUCACAAGCUGGUCACAUAUUAAGUCAUCCAGGCCAUUCUCCUGCUCAGGAACCUUCCAUGGCUCCCCAGUGCCCACACAUGUUUAUUUCAGGGUCCCCUCCACUCUAGCAACCAUAGCCUGAGUCUUGGUCUCUGAUGGGGGAGUCAUCCAUCCUGAUGUCCCUACUGGGUCCUCAUCUGAUAAUAAGCCUGAAAAUAGAUCCUAGAGUCUCAAGUCUCAUCCAACUUGAAUUCUAUGGUGUUCCAUUAUUUAGAUGUCCCCCCGCCCCCUCCAUCUUCUAGACAUUAGCUAUAGUUUGCAUAUGGGAAUAUUUCUGGAUAAGAUCUUGUCUAGCACCUUCUGAAGCAUUCUGGGGGCUUGUUCUGAUGACGACUUCUGACAACUUGACCAAAGAUUAGCAUGAAACCAGUAAAAGGAAAACGUUAUAUAAUUCUUGGGCUUCCUUGGCAUGAAGAAUUUGCCGUUUCCUGAUGGAACCUCUGAGCAUCAGACUUUGCGACUGCCUGUGACCAGGAAUCAGGGAGGAGAGGAGGAUACAUUUAAGGGUGAGGGCACUUUGUACUUGGGGAGAUUUUAUUCCCCACAUCAUCCCAUUUACUCUUGGGUCCUAACCCCGGCCUCUCCAGAGACUCUAGUCCAGUUUCCUGAAGACCCCUACCAUCCAGACAGCCACUCUUGGUCUUGAAGAGGGAGGUCUUGCGAAGUUUAGCCAUAAGCCUUGGCUGCUAAAAAAGCAUACAACCUCAGUUUUGCCCCUUUCAGCUCCUCGGGCCUUCUUAAGCACCCCUGACAAGGGCUUCCCUUCCUGCCUCCUUGUAACCAGGCCAUGUGACCUUGGCCAAUCCCUCCCUCUCCUUUUCUACACAGGACAGAGGGGCAGGCAUCCCCAGACAGAUACUGGCGGAGACGAAAGGAGAUAGAGGUUGCCAUGUACCAGGCUCUUGGUUGACAUUUCCUUGAGGGGCGGCUUUGGAGGGGAGAUGACCAAGUCCUCCCAACACAGGGUUCCUAAGCUGGGCUCUCCCGCCCUGGGGACAUCACCUUUUCCAGGUAGUCUAGAACCUUCCUUGCACCAAAGAAUCAUGUCUUUACCAGCUCCUCUGGCUCUUCUUUUGAUGGGUUCUCUUUGCAGCCCUGCUCAGUCCCCAGUGGGCCAGAUGCUCGGUGAUGGUGUUGAGGGGGACAUUUCCCGGUAAACCAAAGCCCACCUUUCCCUGACAAACCUUGGGGAGUGUCCCACCCUUCCUUAACCCGAGAGACCACUGCAGCGACCUCUGAGCUGCGGCCCCAGGGGCCUGGUGGCUCCGCAGGGCCCCCUCUGAGCAGUGUUCCCUGCUGAUUGAUUCCCUAGCAAUUAUUCAGAGCUGUUGGGCAUCUGCCAUAAGCUAACACCAAGCAGGAGGCCAUUGUGGUCAGCUGGGCGGUCAUGCUCCCUGGCUUCAUAAGGCUAAAAUUCCAAUGCACUGUACGCUCCCAAGAUGCACGAGGCCUCCAAACAGAGUUGGAUGAGCUGUUCUUGGAAGCAGAAUGUGGUUCGGCUCUUGUUGCAUUUUCUUGAGCUGAAUUUUAGAAAAAUAAAAAUAAUCCAGUGAAAGGCAAAACACGAUUAGUGGGAACCCAAUGAAGCAGAACCCACAAUUAACAAGAUUUCUCUAUAAUUUGAUGGCUCCUCAGAGAAGAACACAGUCCCGAAAAAGGCUAAUUAUAUAUUUUGCUUAUUCAGUCCCACAAAUAGCAUUUUGACAGCCGUUUGGGGCUGGAAGGGACCUCCAGGGGCCAUCUGAGUCCACCCUGUGCUUUAUCAGAAACCUCCACCGAAUAGAAAAUGCAUUGGGGUAGGUGAAGCUAUUGGCCUUAUCGAGUGAAAUCGAAAUAGGAGAACAGACUGACCCCAACUGAGAGGCUGAGGCUCUCUCGUGUGUCCGUAAAUGUUGGUCAGAAGAUUUGCAGGUCAGAAGGUUUAUCAAACACGGGACCCACAGGCAAAGAUGCCAUAGGAUGAGGAGGUUUUACGCCACUGAACUGCUUAACAAGGAGGAAGAAUUCCUAGUCUAUUCCCAGCAGGCCAAGAAAUUGCUGAUACUCCCUCUAUACUUUUUAAACUUCAACCAACUGUGUAUUCUUGUACCUCAAAACAUUAAACAUUACGGAAGCAUCAUUUGUGACCCUAGGCGUAGAAGAAGUUAAGCUUGAAUUAAAUCCAAACUCACACUGGUUAAAAUGAUCAGCCCGUAUGCACAGGGGAUUCAUUCUGGGGGGUGGGGGCACAGAGGUGUGACCGUCACUGAUUCCUUUGAGUGCGCGCGCAUAUGCACCGACUGGGUGUCUUUGGGUCUCUGGAUUUUGUCUGUUUUGGGGGCAUUGCUGGACAUUCUCAUGAUUGCGUUGGUAAAAGGACCUGGUGUUUUCUGAUGGUGAUGCUGCUGCUGUCUGGAAGGCCUCCAGAACUCGCUCCCUGGGAGUGAUGACAAUUAGGAAGUUUCGACCAGAAGCUGGGUCAGCCUGGCCACGCUCCCAGAGGAUGGAAUGGUUUGUCCGCACCCCCUAACAGGGACCUCCCUUCCCACGUUGGUGGGCAUCUGGGAUUUGGACCACAGGCCCGAGUAUGGUCAAGGCAUCAGACCUUGGGUGGGAAGCCGCACCAGAUUUGGCAAAGCCAGUGAUCCCCAGUGGACCACAGUGAACCAAAUUCAGAGAAGCCUACUGUUCCUGUUCCUAUUUGUUUUCCUUUUGUUUCUCUUCUCUGGCCUUCUCCGCCUGUGGAGAGGGUGCCUUCACAAAUGGCCUUAGAAUGCCGUUCUGAAGUUUAACAGAAUGAGACAACCAUCCAAUGAAUAUCAGAGGUAUUUACUAUUGCAGCUUAUCUGAAGAAUGAAAAACAAAAACAAAACUGUAUCACCAAUGUUUACAAGUCCGAGUAGACAUCCAGCCCAUGUAAAAUAUGUAAUUUAUGCAAGGGAUUGCAUCUUUCUUUUGUAACGAAUGCACUAAGCAACCCUGUAUAUAUUUUACAAUGUCUUUACAGAAAAAAAGAAAGAAUCAUUUACUGUAGUGUUGUAAAAUAAUGCACUUUUCUAAUUUUUUCAUUAAAAUCUCUAUGGCACGUUU